GAAAUAUAUGUAUGACAUUUUCAAAUAAUUUUUUAUAACAUGGGAAAAUAGUAGUAUUCUUACUCAAAAAUGAAUACCUAAGCUAUAUGUGCCUAUUUAUCGCGAAAUUUGCACAUUUUGACCGUCCCGUCACUGAGCACAGCUUCGCGCUGCGCGACUGGCUCCAAACCGGAAGUGACGUAACCUACAGAACACAGAAGCGCAUCCGAAGCAAUAUGGCGGAAAACCAAAACAUCCGGCCAUAACACGUAGUGUUUUGCUGAGAGAAUCAUCAUGCCCGUCCGUUGCGUUGCGGGGUAUUGCUCCAACUCUUCCGAGAACAAGGAUGUGAGCUUUCACACAUUUCCAAAAGAUCCUGUUUUGCGGGAGAAAUGGGCUAAACAAGUGAACCGCACCGGAGUUAACUGGUCACCAUCGGAGCGGUCGGUUCUGUGUUCCGCGCAUUUCGAGGCCCAUCAUUUUGACGCUAGGCCAGCUCUAAAGGAGAAGCUUGGAUUUGCUGUCCGCUGUAAAAGGGUUUUGCUGCAAACGGCGAUUCCCACAAUCUUUCCACGCGGAGAGCCAGCCGCUACACCGCCCGAGAAGCCACGAACAUCCCGGGCCGUAGAGAAAAGGCGUAAUGCUGAGACAAUCAAGGAAUGCAUGGCUUCCUACGAGAAAGGGCAAAAGGAGCUUCGCCUUGACAUUGAUGUGAACCCACCAGUGAAAUCCUGUGGUGUACAGGCCUACCUGAAACCCAAGUCACGGGACGUCGCUGUUCAACACAGAGCACGUGCACGUGGACGCACCAAAGGUGUGCAGGUAAACAUGACACCUGUAACUGUGAAGAUGGUGACGGUCGCCACACAGACGAAAGAAAGCAGUUUCAAGAAGAAGACGUUAGAUCGACCCCUGGAUGAGGAGCCAAUGUCUAUGUCAGAUGAAGACGAACAGUCUGACUCUGGGAGCGAAUAUGUACCAUCUGAUGAAGAAAUGGAGGAAGACCAGGAUCACUCAGAACAGGAACCAUGUAACACCCCACCCAAACAUGGGGUUUUCUUGGUUUUCUGGGCGUGCCUUGCAGAUCUGAUCACUACGUGGUUCAGCUGUCCGGAGUGCACUUGCAGAAAGCUGUCGUAUGAGUGCAGGGAGGUGGGCACCCUGUUAAAAGUGGCACUCACAUGCAGCAAUUGCAAGUACAGAGGAAAGUGGAAAAGCCAGCCCUUCUACGGGAGGACUGCGGCAGGCAACAUCCUGUUGUCUGCUGCCAUCUUGUUCAGCGGAGCCUCGGUGACCAAGGUUCUAUGGGUAUUGUCCCACAUGGGAGUUGCGGUCAUAUGUGCGCGCUCGUUCUUCCGCCACCAAGAGAAGAUCCUGUUCACCGCUGUGGAGCGCAUCUGGCGAGAAAUGCAAGUCGGGAUGCUGUACGUCCUACAGAGCGAGAGUCCGAUCGUGUGUGGCGGGGAUGGCCGUGCUGACAGCCCCGGCCACUGUGCGAAGUACGGCUCGUACACCCUGAUGGAGUUAAACCAAAGAAAGGUCAUCGACGUGCAGCUAGUCCAGAGCAACGAGGUAGGUGGAUCCUAUCACAUGGAGCAAAACGGAUUGGAGAAGUCCUUGGCGUGGAUGGAGAGUGUGGAUGUGGAGGUGGGGACUCUCGUCACUGACCGACACGUAGGCAUCAACAAGAUGAUCAGAGAGGAUCACCCUACUAUCAAGCACCUGUUUGACAUCUGGCAUGUUGCCAAAAGUGUGAAGAAAAAGCUCCAACACUUGAGCCAGAGGAAAGGGUGCCAGGUCCUGAAGCCUUGGGUGGGCAGCAUCAUAAACCACUUGUAUUGGGCAGUGGUGUCAAGUCCAGAUGACAACAGACGGCUCGCUGUUGACAAGUGGAAGUCAGUAGUGUCUCACAUCUGUAACAAGCAUGAAGGUUUCCAGGGACAGUUCCCCCGCUGUGAACAUGGGCCUCUGGAAGGACGGGAGCAGGAGAAGGCCUGGCUUACUGCAAGUACACAACUGUCAACAGAUGAAGAGAAGAUAGUCUACAACGACAAGUUACUGAAGGACAUUGGACGCCUGUCACCUGUUUUCCAGACCUGGUCACUUGAAGCCUUCCAUAGUUUGAUCUUACAUUUUGCUCCGAAGAUGUUUGCCUUCUGCAACAAAGGGAUGGAAUCCAGGUAAUGAUUUUGGUUGCAU